GAAAUCCGUCGCUCAAUAUCCAACAAUGUUAGCCGCACAAGUACCUCAUACCCUCUCGUCAUCAUCAAUAGAAGAACAUGCUUGCAACAAGGAUCUCGGAAUCGACAAGCAACUCGAAUGGAUUUACGACGACGAUGUGGAUGCCGAGUUGGCCGCCGAAGUCGAAUUAUUGCGCGCGCCGUACAAGCCAUUCGAAUGGGACGACGAUGGCGGUUUGCUUUCCGAACCGGACCGUGACCAAUUUGCUGGCCUAUGGAGAGAAGUUGAACCCAUCGCCAUCGCGAAGGGAUAUGCCCUCGACAUCGAGCAAUAUGUCGAAGGGAAGGACCGUCCACAUUAUUGGGAACAGUUCGAAGGAAGGAGCGGUUUGGCUAUCCCAGCUACGAAAGAUGGCCGCGUUUACUACGUGCGAAGCAUGGGGAAGGACUCAGAAGAGCACAAAUGUACGCUCCGAUUGCUCCAGUAUGCUCAUUUCGAACCUCCGAUGCCACCCCCCGUCGACAUCUUCGAAGGACCUCGAGAUCGCGUGUAUGUGGUCAUGGACAAGCUGAAGCCGCAUUGGCUGGCCGCGCCGCACACUGUCGAGGGCCAGACGAUGUCGGUCGACUAUUUCUUGUACACGGUCACUCGCAUGCUGCAGAAUCUAGCGCGAUUACAUGCAGCAGGAGUGGCUCAUUUGGAUAUUCGUCCAUACAAUGUCAUGCUUGACGACGACGGCUUGCCAGUAUUCAUCGACUUCAGACAAAGCAUCGUAGUUGGCGACGAGCCGAGCAAGAGGUUGUGCACGGUGCCUCAUGCUGGCACUACGCUUAUUCCAGAGACGACACAGUUCGGGUAUCAUGCGCCCCAACGGGAAUCAGAAGAACCCUUCGACGGGCGCGCUGACGAUGUUUACGCGGUGGGUAUUCUUCUAGAGCGCUCCUACUUCACGACGCCGUCGCAGAAGGCAUAGAGUGUUUUCGGAGCGAUACAGGUACGAGUCAUUGAUGUUCACGUCACAGGCGAUUGUCCAAGAGCUCCUUCCUCGAUUUGAGCAGCUUCUUCUAAAGAUGCACGACGAAAAUGAAUUGAUGAGGUUACCUGCUGACUGUGCUUAUGAUGAAUGGGUAACGAUGGUGAUUGAGUUCUAAUCUCUGGACAACAAUACGAAGGCUAGGAUAGCAUAUUAAUCACACCUCCGAUGUAGCAUUGAUGUCAUUGGCUGUCGCUUCGCAGAAGACUGCUGCACGGGAGGCGAGGAUGGCCUUGAUGAAGACUGCGGCAUCAUCAUGCGCGUGACCUACGCGAGAGAUGCUCGACUGCUAUCGUCAGCUGCCCGCCUCUCCAUAUAAGAGAUGAAUUAGGAAGUUGUCGGGGUGAGCGUUGUGCGAGUCUGAGGGACUGCACAAUUGCUUGCUCCGGUCGUUACUGCGAUACCUUCUCCCAUGUCGUUAUUAAGCACAAAUGAGUGACUCCUGUUGCGUGCGUGUGUUAUGUUCUGAGAAAGGUGGCCGACUUAGCUAAAGCAUGACGCUGGCAUGCUCUG